UUUAAAGCUGCGUAGACUUUAGGAGGUUCAUGAUUGCUCUACUCUGCUCUCUCUGGGAAGAAUACUACCUGAUCCCUCUAAAGGCUUCCUGCAGUGGCCAAGGCCAGCUUGAGAUCUCUGCUGUCAGACAUAGUCUGUCCUUCAGCAGUGCUGCCCCUAGAAACGUGCAGUCACCAUGGAGCAUCACUGUGGUCUGAUCACUAGCAACAGAGAGACAGUACCACUGAAGAGCAUCUCAGUAACAUUGUCCAUCAAUGACUUUGUGGCUGCUGUGGCUGCAACCUUAAAUUAUGAGAAUGAGGAGAAAGUCCCAUUAGAGGCAACCUUUGUAUUUCCUAUGGAUGAAGACUCUGCUGUCUACAGCUUUGAAGCCUUGGUGGAUGGGAAGAAAAUUGUGGCAGAGUUGCGGGAUAAGAUGAAGGCUCAUAGCGAGUAUGAGGAAGCCCUCUCCCAGGGCCACCAAGCAUACUUAUUGGAAGAGGAUGACUAUUCCAGGGAUAUCUUUUCUUGCAAUGUGGGGAACCUGCAGCCUGGAGCUAAGAUUGCAGUUACUCUGAGGUAUGUGCAGGAACUGCCCCUGGAAACAGAUGGGGCCCUGCGCUAUCUGCUCCCAGCAAUCUUGAAUCCAAGAUAUCAGCUCUCUGAACAGUCAGCAAACAGUUGCUUGAACAUCCAGAAACCCACAGUCCCUUUGGAGGACCUGCCUUACACACUCAAUAUGACUGCCACCAUCACUUCCCAGCAUGGUAUUGAAAGGAUCCAGUCCAACUGCUCUUUGAGUCCUAUUCAGUACCUUACAGAUGACAAGACUUCUGCUCAGGUUUCCUUGACUGAAGGGCACAAGUUUGAUCGGGAUGUAGAACUACUGAUUUACUACAGUGAAGUGCACAGUCCCAGGGUAGCUGUGGAAAUGGGGAUGCUGGACAUGAAGCCGGACAGUGUGAUGGGAGCGCCUUUAGCAAUGGUUAGUUACUACCCAGAUAUCCCAGAAGUGGAAACCUCAAAGGUCUGUGGAGAAUUUGUGUUUCUCAUGGACUGUUCAGGAAGUAUGAAAUGCCCCAUGAGCCCAGGGAAGGAUUCUCAGCUACGCAUAGAGGCUGCCAAGGAAACUCUGUUGCUGUUGCUGAAGAGUUUGCCUAUGGGUUGUUAUUUUAAUAUCUAUAGAUUUGGAUCUUCCUAUGAAAAAUUCUUUCCGGAGAGUGUGAAGUACACUCAGGAUACGAUGGAGGACGCAGUGAAAAUAGUGAAGGAUUUAGAAGCCAACUUAGGAGGUACUGAAAUCUUGACACCCCUCUGCAAUAUUUACAAGGCAUCCUCCAUUCCCGGUCAUCCCCUACAGCUCUUUGUCUUCACAGAUGGAGAAGUGACUGACACAUUUAGUGUCAUUAGAGAAGUUAAGUUAAACAGCAAGAAACACAGAUGUUUCUCAUUUGGAAUUGGACAAGGAGCCUCGACCAGCUUAAUCAAAAACAUUGCCCGGGUAUCAGGGGGCACUGCUGUGUUUAUCACAGGCAAGGACAGGAUGCAGACCAAGGCUCUUGGGUCUCUCAAAUUUGCUCUACAGUGUUCAGUGGAUAACAUCUCUCUAAGUUGGGAUUUGCCUCCUGGUCUGUUGGUUAAAAUGCUUUCUCCAGAGAAACCUACCAUCUUUAGGGGUCAGAGGUUAAUCAUCUAUGCACAACUGACUGGGCUUAUGCCUCAAGUGGAGAGCACAGGAGCAGUGUGCCUCAAGUACAUCCUCCAGGGUAGGAGUCUGGAAAACAGGGUGACAUUUUCCCUACAACCCAAGGCAAAUGCCAAUUUCACCAUUCAUCGGUUGGCGGCAAAGUCCUUGAUUCAGACUAAGGAUUUCGGAUCCCAUGAGGCCUCAAAAGAAGAAAAAGAGGAUGUGAUGAACAUCAGCCUUCAGUCUGGAGUCCUUAGCUCCUUCACAGCCUUCAUUGCCAUAAACAAGGAGCUGAACAAGCCAGUGCAGGGGCCUCUGGCCCACAGAGUGAUUCCUAGGCCAAUGAUGCAGAGGAGACCUCUUAUGCAGUUCUACUCUAGUCACUCUGAUGGCCAGAAAGGCUUACAGGCAAGACAUUUAUGUGGACUAAGAAAUUUGUUGUGUCCAAGACAACGGAGUAUUCUUGUCGGUGCACAAUGUGAGGUUCUUGAUAUGACAAAUGAAAUGCCCAUGACACUGAAGAAAAUGUCAAAUUCUUCUACCAAGGAAAGCAACUUGAAAAAGGAACACAAAGCAUUUGGAGAGAAUGUUGUGGUGCAGCUGAUUUCUCUCCAAAAGGCAAAUGGCUCCUGGAAUCUAGAUGAAGAUCUGACCAAGAUCCUGGGCACUGAGUUGAAAGACAUCAAGGCUACAAACCCUGCCAAGCAUGAGGACCCCUCAGCCUGGGCCACAGUGCUGGCUGUGGUAUGGUUGCAUGCCAAUGGCAUGGACUUAAAGUGUGAAUGGGAACUUCUGGAAAGGAAGGCUGUGGCCUGGCUUCAUGACCAUGCAGACUCCUCCAUCCCCAUGCUUGUGCAAGCUGCCAAUAGUCUCCUGAAAUUAUCGGUGAAUCCUGCUGUCUUUGGUGUCUAAAGAUGUCACUAAUGAAAGGAGAGCCAUUCCUGGCAACCACCGAGUCCCUUAUUUUCUAUUCCUAUCAUUUCUUUUCUGAGAAGUUAGCAUAGUCUCCUAACAUGUUUUAUUCAUUGAGGCUUUUAUUUUAUUCAUAUGCAGAAUGACACAUGACGUUUCUAGACCAUUUACAGUAUAAUUAUGAUAUAGUGAUAGUCAUGGGAUCUAUAGUAAGCAUGCAGCAUUUACCAUGGGCAAUUCUUAAAUUAAUACCCUGCAUUAUUGUUAUCCAUUCUCUAUGCAGAGACAUGUAAUGUGGUCAUCAAAUGGCUUUAAAUUCAUGGAAUAGGCCUACCAGUUAGCACAGACGUGAUGGAUGCUCCUCAAUUGAGGCAGUACUCCUAGGACUGUGUGUCCUGAGGAUCUCAUGCUGUUAUGAAUUUUUGCCCUGCCCAUUGCCUUCACAUCCCUCUUAACCUAAGGAUUGUAUGAAAACUCUAAACAGGCUUCCAGCCCCUCACUGGGGAGUAUCAUUGACAUUAAACAAUAAUAAUGCCUGAUAUCUUUCAGGCAUUGUUGCUGGAACAGAUUAAUGUUCCACAUACUACUAUAGGAAAGAACUUAGAAAGAUGUGGAUUUUCAGCAGUGUACAAAAUACAUGUGUAUAAGUCUGACAACCCGAGUUCAAGUCCUCCAGUUCUAUAUAAGAUUGAUAUGGUAGAGCUGCCUUUAAUCCCAGUGCUUGCAGAGAGAGAUAGAAGAUCCCAAGAACCUUUAUUUGGAAAAAUAAAGUUUUUAGUGAACCCAUAUUAAGAUGCGUUUUGGUUUUUGUUGUUGUUGUUGUUGUUAUUGAUACUUUUUAAAAAAGUCUUAGUGAACAUUUUGAACUUCUGUAAGGCACAAAUAUAUUUGUUAAGCUAUGGACAUUUCAUAGUCAGAGAACAAGAAAAAUGGCAACUUGGCUAACAUGAAUCUCACUGAGUCUGGACUACUACCGAUUGAUUAGUUAUGUCUAUUUUUGCCCUCAGCUUUCUGAUAUGAUUUAAUAAGAAUUGCUGAUGACUAUAUAAAAAUUCUUGGUAUUUAAAGUAGAUAAGGCUGACUUUUAUAUAAAAGUUCAGAUUUGUGAUUCAUUGGAGAUUUUUGUAUGACUACUGUUAAAGAUAAAUAAAAUAAUUAAUCCUUCCUUUGUAAGUGCUAAUUGCUGCCUGAGAGUAAGAGGAGCUGGCUGAGAAAACUCCUUUGCUUACUCACACUUUUAAAAUCUAUAACAAGUUGCUUAGUUAUGAAUG